CAGCAUUUCGGACUGGCUUAGCAUACAAAAGCAACUGAUGAGUCUAAGACACUUUAGUAUGAAGCAAAGUGGAAAUCUAAAUUUAGACUUGCACAACCGAUACUGCUCCUGAAGUCAGACUGGUCUCCCUGAAGGUACACACCGUUCACCCGGAUAGAUAUUACUGAACCGCCAGACAUUCCGAGUGCACGCGGGUAAGUCUGCAGAGCCCACAAGACAGAUUCUUAAACUUAUGUGAGGCGAAAAAUAUUAAAGUUAACACGUCAACAUUGAGCACCUGACUGUCGUCUAAAGCGUUCAUCAUUCGUGAACAGAAAAGACAAGAAACCAUGUCCUCAAACAAAAAGCAGGCAUUACUCCGAGAGGCGUCUCACCAAGUUAUCGCCGGCGGAUCCGCAGGCUUGGUGGAGAUCUGUCUCAUGCAUCCAUUAGAUGUGGUGAAAACAAGGUUUCAGCUCCAGACAGGAACAAGCGAUCCCAACAGCUACCGGAGCCUGGGCCACUGCUUCAGGACCAUCUUUGGCAGCGAAGGUGUGUAUGGAUUUUAUAAAGGAAUCUUGCCACCCAUCCUGGCAGAGACGCCCAAGAGGGCAGUUAAGUUCCUUACCUUUGAGCAGUAUAAGAAAGCCCUGAGCCUUACCUCUAUGUCUCCUGGACUGGCUCUGUCAGUGGCAGGCCUGGGGUCAGGCUUGACUGAAGCCGUUGUAGUGAACCCAUUUGAGGUGGUGAAAGUGAGGCUGCAGGCUAACAGAGACGGCUUCAAAGAGCAACCGUCCACGUUUGCGCAGGCUCGCCUAAUCAUCAGAGCGGACGGCUUCGGGCUCCGGGGCCUCAACAAGGGCCUCACGGCCACACUGGGUCGCCACGGCGUCUUCAACAUGAUCUACUUCGGCUUCUACUUCAACGUCAAAGACGCCAUCCCCGCCAGCCAGGACCCCAGGUUGGAGUUCCUGAGGAAGUUUGCCAUCGGCCUGGCGUCUGGCACGAUCUCGUCCUGUGUCAACAUUCCCUUUGAUGUGGCCAAGAGUCGCAUCCAGGGCCCACAGCCCGUGCCUGGAGAGAUCAAGUACCGCAGCUGCUUCCAGAGUAUGGCCCUGGUGUACCGCGAGGAGGGUUACCUGGCGCUGUAUAAAGGACUGGUGCCCAAGAUCAUGAGGCUUGGACCAGGAGGUGCAGUCAUGCUCCUGGUCUAUGAAUAUGUCUCCGGCUGGCUGCAGAAAAACUGGUGAACGCUGGACCUCCAUACCAUGGUCCAUCAGGGCUCCGUGGGUCUCAUCAUCAUCAUCCCAGGACCUGAAUGUGGUGUAACCCCCUCAUCGGAGACGACACGGAGGCUGAAGGCAUCUUGACCUCUAGACCUCAUGUCGGAUCGUCUUGUGGGUACUCUUAAGGACCUCCUUGUAGUUAAAGAAAGAUUUUGUUCUUCUACGUCCAACUUCUACGUCUUAAAUGGACAUCAAAACCAAAAGAUUCAUCACAAGGACAAUGAAUGCAGUAUUUUGCAACCAGAAAUGUGUACAUUAUUUUUUUAAGUGCAACAUUUUUUUCCUGCAAAUGUAUUUGUCUGCCCUUCUUUAGUAUUGUGUAGUACAGUCAAAAUGUUUCGAUAAUGAUUACCCAGUAUUAUUAUACCAGUGUAAGCAACGUGACCUUAUGGAUGGCUUUAUUGAACAACAGCAGUGCAUCCCUCUACUUCUCAGGUGGUAAACUAAACAAUUAAAAAAAUAAAUUAAUUGGUUAACAAAAAGCUGAACAGACUCCUUCUCUAAACAGCUUUUUAAGAAGAGAGACUGACUGACUCAGUUGCCCUGCAAUCCAUUGGUAUUCUUUACGAAGCGCCUUUUUUCACCUGUCACUGUCUGUUUACUGACAUCUUAAACAUCCAAUUCAAAUGUAAUCGGCCAUUUGUUUAAAGCUUCCAUUGAUAGACCGGCUGGACUGGACUCACCCAUGGAUAAGGCAUGACCGCUGCCUAAUUCUCCUACUAAAAUGAAACCUUUAACUCUCGAUUUUGUAAACCUGUUUUUCAGAGACAACUCACUCGCUGACUUAAUUGGAGAUUUUGUCCACUGAAGACUAAAUUUAAUCCAGAUCUCGACUUAAUGCAUGUCUGGGAAUGCAGCCCAGGCUUUUUUAAGUUUACUGAGGUUUUCCAAUCUGUGUCAUAAAUUUGUCUACCAGUUUUGGGUUUGACUUAUAAAUCCAAUCAAGGGAUUGUGUGUCGUUAAGUAAUUUCUUUCAUUCAGUAUUUAAUGAUAUUUUUAUGGCUCGAAUUUCCUCUUUUUGAAGGGGCUAACAGAAAGGAUAAGGAAAGAAACAUGGACUUGGAAGAAUUGAAGAUAUGUUUUGUCUGGGGCAGAAAACGUUUUUGGUCUGUCUGUAUUUCUGUGCAGUUUGCAGCAAAAGCCUUCUGUUUAUAAAACAAACAGUUGAUGAAGGGGUUGUUUUGAGCGAGAGAACUGAAAAUGUCCACCAAAAUGUUGAACAUAGCAGUACUUUCACUGGUGGAUUUGAGUCUAGUUAAUUAUCCACUUGUAGGUGAUUUAAAAAAUGCUUAAGUCUUAAGUUGAUCUGCUUGAGGAUUAAAAAGAUGAAUACUGUGUGCCAAACAAUUUAACUGCCAUGGGCAUUGUUGACUCAUUUAAGAAUUUAACAGUAAAGGCUACCUUGU